AAAAUCUCUAAAUGAAGCCCCUCCAACUAGUGGACACUAAUGCCAAACGUAUGCCUGCUGAACACAAGCGCUCAGUAAACAUGGACGAGAAAGACGUUUGCUCCUUCGGCAACAAGGAAAAAGAAAAGGACAGAGACGGCGAGAGGAGGCCAGCGUCCGCUCGAGACAAAGUGAAAGACGAGGCCAAAAUGAGCGGCAAAAAAGACGGAGGUGGAGGAGGCGGCGGUGGCAAGGAGGAGAAGAGGAAGCGCCUGGAGGAGGAGAAGAAGAAGAAAGAGGAGAAGGAGCGCAGGAAGAAAGAGGAGGAGAAACAGAAAGCAGAGGAGGAGCAGAAGAAGAAAGAGGAGGAGGAGAAGAGGCAGCAGGAGGAGCAGGAGAGGAAGCUUCAGGAGGAGGAGGCCAAACGGCAACGCGAGGAGGAGGCGGCUCUCCUGAAGGAGAAGGAGGAGGGCCAUCAGCUGCACCAGGAGGCCUGGGAGCGCCAUCAGUGCAGGAAGGAACUCCGCAGCAAGAACCAGAACGCUCAGGAGGGUCGACCCGAAGAGGCCUUCUUCAGCCGGCUGGACUCCAGCCUCAAGAAGAACACCGCCUUCGUCAAGAAGCUGCGCACGCUCACCGAGCAGCAGCGCGACUCGCUCUCCAACGACUUCGCCUCGCUCAACCUCAGCAAGUACAUCGGCGAGGCGGUGAGCUCCGUCGUGGAGGCCAAGCUGAAGAUAUCCGACGUGGGCUGCGCCGUCCACCUGUGCUCGCUCUUCCACCAGCGCUACGCCGAGUUCGCCCCGCUGCUGCUGCAGGCGUGGAAGAAGCACUUUGAGGCGAGGAAGGAGGACAAGGCGCCCAACGUGAGCAAGCUGCGCACCGACCUGCGCUUCAUCGCCGAGCUCACCAUCGUCGGGCUCUUCACGGACAAAGAGGGCCUCUCGCUCAUUUACGAGCAGCUGAAAAACAUCAUCAGCACCGACCGGGAGACUCACACUCACGUGUCGGUGGUCAUCAGCUUCUGUAAGCACUGCGGCGAUGACAUCGCCGGCCUCGUGCCACGCAAGGUGAAGCAUGCCGCCGAGAAGUUCGGCUUGGGCUUCCCUCCGAGCGAGAUAAUCAGCACGGAGAAGCAGCAGCCCUUCCAGAACCUGCUGAGGGAAUACUUCACGUCGCUCACCAAGCACCUGAAGAAGGACCACCGCGAGCUGCAGAACACCGAGAGGCAGAACAGGCGUAUCUUACAUUCCAAAGGAGAGCUGAGCGAGGACAGACACAAGCAGUACGAAGAGUUCGCCACGUCGUACCAGAAGCUGCUGGCCAACACUCAGUCCCUCGCCGACCUGCUGGAUGAGAACAUGCCAGACCUGCCUCAGGACAAGACGGUUCAGGAGGAACACGGCCCCGGCAUCGAUAUUUUCACCCCCGGUAAGCCCGGCGAGUACGACCUGGAGGGAGGGAUCUGGGAGGACGAAGACGCUCGUAACUUCUACGAGAACCUGGUGGACCUGAAGGCCUUCGUCCCCGCCAUCCUCUUCAAGGACAACGAGAAGAGCGGCCAGGGCAAAGACAAGGACGACGCCAAAGACGGCAGAGAGGGGAAGGACUCGGCCAGCACCACGGAGGAGCUGGAGCUGGAGCUGGAGGCUCUGGACAUCGCGGACGAACCUCUCGAACUGGAGGGAGCGGACGAGGCGGAAAACGAAGAGCUGGCCAAAAAACUGCUGGACGAGCAAGAACAAGAGGAUGAAGAGGCCAACACGGGGUCCCACCUGAAGCUCAUCGUGGACGCCUUCAUCCAGCAGCUGCCCAACUGUGUCAACAGAGACCUGAUAGACAAGGCCGCCAUGGACUUCUGCAUGAACAUGAACACCAAGUCGAACAGGAGGAAGCUCGUCCGAGCGCUCUUCACCGUCCCCAGACAGAGGUUGGACCUUCUGCCCUUCUACUCUCGCCUGGUGGCGACUCUUCAUCCCUGCAUGUCGGACGUGGCCGAGGAUCUCUGCUCCAUGCUGAAGGGCGACUUCAGGUUUCACAUCCGGAAGAAGGAUCAGAUCAACAUCGAGACGAAGAACAAAACGGUCCGAUUCAUCGGGGAGCUCGCCAAGUUCAAGAUGUUCUCCAAGACGGACACGCUGCACUGUCUGAAGAUGCUGCUGUCCGACUUCACCCAUCAUCACAUCGAGAUGGCCUGCACGCUGCUGGAGACCUGCGGACGCUUCCUCUUCAGGUCACCUGACUCUCACCUGCGCACCAGCGUCCUGCUGGAGCAAAUGAUGCGUAAGAAGCAGGCGCAGCAUCUGGACGCCCGCUACGUGACGAUGGUGGAGAACGCCUACUACUACUGCAACCCGCCGCCCGUGGAGAAGACGGUGAAGAAGAAGCGGCCGCCGCUGCAGGAGUACAUCCGCAAGCUGCUCUACAAGGACCUGUCCAAGGUCACCACCGAGAAGGUGCUCAGGCAGAUGCGCAAGCUGCCCUGGCAGGACCCCGAGGUGAAGAGCUACCUGAUCUGCUGCAUGGUCAACAUCUGGAACGUCAAGUACAACAGCAUCCACUGCGUGGCCAACCUGCUCGCCGGCCUGGUGGCCUACCAGGAGGACGUGGGCAUCCACGUGGUGGACGGCGUGCUGGAGGACAUCCGGCUGGGCAUGGAGGUCAACCAGCCCAAGUUCAACCAGCGGCGGAUCAGCAGCGCCAAGUUCCUGGGCGAGCUCUACAACUACCGCAUGGUGGAGUCGGCCGUCAUCUUCCGCACCCUCUUCUCCUUCAUCUCCUUCGGGAUCAGCCAGGACGGCAGCCCGAGCUCGCUGGACCCGCCGGAGCAUCUGUUCCGCAUCCGGCUGGUGUGCACUCUGCUCGACACCUGCGGCCAGUACUUCGACCGCGGCUCGAGCAAGAGGAAGCUCGACUGUUUCCUCAUCUACUUCCAGCGCUACAUCUGGUGGAAGAAGAGCAUCGACGUUUGGACCAAGGACCAUCCGUUCCCCAUCGACAUCGACUACAUGAUCAGCGACACCCUGGAGCUGCUGAGGCCCAAGAUGAGGCUCAGCUGCUCCCUGGAGGAGGCCACCAAGCAGGUCGUCGACCUGGAGAGGGAGGUGCUCGUCAAACUAGGCCUGGCGAUGGAGAAGGAUGGCCGCUCCAGCGCCAUGAGCGAGGGCGAGGGCCUCGACGAGGAGGACGACGACGGAGACGACGACGAGGAGGGCGGCGCCGAGACCGAGGAGCAGUCGGGAAACGAGAGCGAGAUGAACGAGCAGGAGGAGGACGAAGGUUCAGAGAAUGAAGAAGAGGAGCGGGAGGAAGAGGAGGAGGAGAACACCGACUAUCUGACCGACUCCAACAAAGAAAACGAGACGGACGAGGAGAACAAUGAGGUCACCAUCCGCGGAGGUGGACUGAAACAUGUGGCGUGCGCCGAGGACGAGGACUUCAUCCAGGCUCUGGACAAGAUGAUGCUGGAGAACCUGCAGCAGCGCAGCGGCGAGACGGUGAAGGUGCACCAGCUGGACGUGGCCAUUCCUCUGCAGCUGAAGAGUCAGCUGAAGAAGGGCGGCGGCGGACAGCCGUGCAUCAGCGAGGGAGACUCGGACAUCAACGACACCAUGCAGUUCGUCAUGCUGACACGCAAAGGCAACAAGCAGCAGUAUAAGAUCCUGAACGUGCCGCUGUCGUCCCACCUGGCGGCGAACCACUUCAACCAGCAGCAGGCCGAACAGGAGGAGCGCAUGAGGAUGAAGAAACUGACGCUGGACAUCAACGAGAGGCAGGAGCAGGAGGACUACCAGGAGAUGAUGCAGUCCCUCGCCCAGCGUCCAGCUCCGGCCAACACUAACCGCGAGCGCCGGCCUCGCUACCAGCACCCGAAAGGCGCUCCCAACGCCGACCUCAUCUUCAAGACCGGAGGAAGGAGACGCUGAUUGGAGUCUGGGCCCAGGCUGACGAGCGAACGAGCGAGCAAGAGAGCGAAUGAAAACGAGUGAGAGCGAGAAAAGAGAAAAGAUCGGAGGGGAAACCGGUCUAAACAGGGAACGAGUCCUCCAGACACCCACUGAUGCUGGGACAGACCAAACCUCCCCCCCUGACCUGAACACACACUCUUACCCGACUGAGGGGCCCCCCGAAGCCCGAGGAGGAGAGGCACAACCGGGAGUCAGAGGUCAGGGGUCAGAGAGAUGGCUCUCUUUCUUUUUUGUCUGUUGCCUGAGAUGACAAAAAAAACAACAACCGUCUGGACAAGAGAACAAACUACAAAAAGACGACUGAACACCUGACCGAUGGCGAGACAGACAGACAGGAAGGCGGGAUGAACGCAUCAUCUCCCACCGAGGGAAGAGCGACUCAUAUUUAGGAGUGGACACAAAUUUACACAAGACAAGCGACGGGAUUUGGAUAUUUUUGUUUUUGGGACUCUUCGAAUUUAAAAAACAAACAAAAAAAAAAAACAGGAACACGUCUGUUCAAUCUAACUUCACGCAUGUCGUCAAGGCAACGCUGACAAAGGGCGUGGGGCGGCGUGAGGUUUCUGUUCGCCCAGCACUGCAAAGGACGAGGAAGAAGAUGUUUCCGUACACGAGUGGUUCGAAAAGUGGCUGACGGUGCGCUGCUGUUGUUCUAGAGGCGUGUGUUGAUUCAGAGUGUCGUGUCGCCGCCGCCUUUCUUACGGUCUCACUGUGAUCGAUCGCUCCUCAGCGGAAUAUAACAACGCUUUAUUUACAGUUCAGGAGGGAGAUUUAGCACUAAUUAUAGAGGAACUAGACGAGGUUCGGUGGCAGUUAUUUGGAUUUAGACGUUGAUCAGAGCUGAAACUAAAAGUGGAAAUAUAAUCUGCAACUGUUUUGAUAACCAGUUCAACAGUUUUUUAAAGAUAAACGCCAAACGUUUGAUACUCACAGCUCCUCCAGUGUGUGAUCGUUUGCUACUUUUCUCAGUUUUAUAUUAAUGUCAGUUAAAUAUCUUUUGAGUUUGUCACCUUGGAGCAUUUUUUUCACUCUUAAGCAGAUUAAUCGAUGAUGAAAUUGGGUUUUUCCCUGAAAGCAUCGCAGGAGUUUAUAAAAAAUGAACGGUCUGAAGGAUUUAGCAAUGUCUAAACAGGGAGGUUGAACGGAAAUAACAUGACGAGGCCCCUACACUGUUCUUACUGAUCAGCCAGUGCUUGUAGUCACAAUAUGUCCAAUACAUUAAUGCAUGUUGGGAUGUAGCAUUAAUAGUUCAGUCCAGUUGUAGCUCUGGCGAUCACGGCGGCCUCCGACGAGCGGCGUCCUGCUGGUUUAAUGUUAAAGGAAAAGUUUUGGACAUUUUGGUAAAUGCACAGACGAGAAGGUCGAUGUUAGAUUGUUAUAUAUGCGUAAAAACGUCAGUUUUAGAGAAACGGGUAGUUGAUGCUAAGCUGUUGCCAUUCUUUUCGAGAUUGGCGUCGAUCUUCUCGUCGUUCUUUGUCAAACAGCGAAUAAGUGCAUUUCCCAAAAUGUCGAACUUUUUCCCUCAACACUACAAGCGGUACGCCGCUCGUCGGAGGCCGCCGUGAAAUAUUUGUCUUUCUGAGAGCGGCGUCGAUGUUCUCAUCGUUUGUAAGUCAGCAGAGCGAGCAGUGACCGAAACGUCUGAAUCAACAGAAACCAGCCAGAACAAGAGUCUCGUACCGUCAAACACUUUUUUCGAUCGGAGGCAUCGUUCAGACUUUCUUCUUCUUCGGAUCACGGAGACGUGACGACGACAUCACGUGACGUCGCGAUCACUGAUGGACACCUGAGUGUACAUACUCUUCAUUUUCUCUCCAACUUCUAUCCUGCUUGAUGUUUUGUUGUUUUUUUCAGAAGUUUAGUUUUGACGAUACUCAGCUUGCUUUUGGAUUUGUGAAGUGUUUGUGAACGUUUUAUUUUUUGGACAGAUGGAUAACCGUGUGCCUGAGAGUCUUCCUCAGUGAUGAAGAGAUUGUUUUAGAUUUAUCUGUUGAGCCUGUAGAUGGAUAAAUAUACUCUGUAUUCUGCUGCAUGGGCACUUUUUUCUGCACCAGUUCUUUGUCAUCCUGUGUUGUAGUGAAGCGUCCAGCGGUGGCUCUGAGUUAGUUUGUCUGUAGAUUUAUAUUUUAAAGAAAACAGAGCUCACGGCUUCACGUCUCGGAUCAUGACGGAUGAAAACGAUCACAAUAAAAAAAAGACGUCUGAAGAUUA